UCUGGAGGAGCGGAGCUGCGUACAGUCAACUGACAACACAGCAAUGCGGACGAAGAAGGACACAAACGAGGGGAAUUGUCCGUUUUUUUGUAACAGCCCGGCGGGUCGGGGCUUCGCUUGGUCGUAAACGACACACGAGCUGGGAUUUUUUUUUUCGUCUUCAAAAACCUCGCAGAAAAAGGGCAUUUCUCAGGCUUGGAGAGCGGCUCCGGGGCGGAUAUUUUCCCGACAAAACCCUGAACCACAUCCGUAUUCCCAGCCUCGUCCGUGAGGAAUACUCACUCAGAGAAUGAUUCCUUAAUUCCCCUUUUUUAUACUCUCUUGAAUCCCGUUUUUUGAUAGCAUAGCUUCUACUAUAUUAGAGAUUCGCUAUGGUCGACUCUCCUACGAUGAAGAAGACUUUUGUGGUCCCAGACAUAAAGCCAUUGGAUUUGUAUGACUGCACUAAAUCAAAAAUAUGCGCAAGUGUCGGAUGGCUGCUGGCAAAGUCGUACGGCAGUGCAGAAAAUGUCCCUGCUGAGCUGCGUGACCCAUUCUACUGUGACCAGUAUGAACAGGAGCACCUGAAACCUCCAGUCACACGCCUCCUUCAGUCCUCAGAGCUCUACUGUCGCACCUACAGCCUAUUACUGGGCAGCGCUGGACCGGAAGCACAGCCCAAAGACAAUGUCGCCCUGUUGCAGCUUCUCAAUCAGAGGGGGAUUGUUGCCAAAGACCGGGACUCGCCAGUGACUGAUGCAGACCUGCGACAUAAACCCAUCAAAAUGAGUGCUCACCUGGCAUUGAUAGAUGCCUUGAUGGCAGUGGGAGCCAUGGAGACGCUGACUGCGGUGAAGACAUGUGAUUCUGCUGUGCAGCUGGGUGGAGCGUCCAGCUGGGAGGAUGCUCUGCUUUAUUGGGUUAAUGAGUUAAACCAGAAGCUGAGAGAACGUACUGAAGCAGCCCAGAAUGAUUCUUCCCAGGCCAUCUCAGAACCCCAACCUGUUCAACCCUCUUGUCCUACUCGCUGGUACUGGAAACUUGUUCCUCUCCGGUACAGGAAGGAUAAAAUUGAGUCAAAAAUCAAGCCCAGCUUUCCAGUCGUGAAUGAAGUGAAAGAUCUCUACAGUGGUUGCGCUGUUGCUGCUGUCAUCCAUUACUAUUGCCCUGGAUUACUCCGACUUGAAGAUGUUUGUAUGAAGGAAGCCAUGUCUGCUGCGGACAGUCUGUACAAUUUGCAGAUCAUACGUGAAUUUUGUGACAGCUGUCUGAAGAACUGCUGUCACUUGGCACUGGAGGAUAUGCUAUACACACCUCAGGAACUCCAGAUUAAUUUGCUGAGCUUCCUAUCGGAACUGCUUUCCUGGUUUGAAGUGCAAAAGCCAGAAUUUGUUCAUCCGAUUGACUCAUUAGAUGCAUCUACACCAGGAACACCAGGUAGCUUGAGUGGAAACAGUUCAUCUCCCUCGAUUUUCAAGAAGCCUUUCCUUCCAAUCUCAUCCCCAGCGUCAGGAUCUUUGACUCAGUCUACCUCAAUGUCUCAUAUAGAAGGAGUUGGGAAGACAUGGAGCAAGAAGCCUCUCAGCCGACCCUUGUCAGCAGUGUCCUUCAGCAUUCCUUUUGGCCUGGACAGUGAUGUUGACAUUGUGAUGGGCAAUCCUGUGAUAACUCGCUCCGUGAGUUCAGAUCAGCUCAAUCCGGCCGGCCAGAAUAUGACCCGAGUGCCCUUCACCCCACCAGAGGACCUCAGCCAUUUGCUUACAAAACCUGGACCCAACGGUCCUCAGAGAUCAUCGUGGUCCACCCAGUCUCCUGUUGUUCCAAGACUGGCUGAGGAAAAUGGUCUUGGACCCAGCGAAACAGGAGAACUGCCUACCAUCGAAGAGGCUCUCCAAAUUAUUCACAAUGAGAGCAAAAUGGAGCCUCGUUUACAUCCCGAUGGCGCCCCGGAUGGCUUCUACCUCCACUCACCUGAUGAUCCAGCUAGCUCCAGAUAUAACAGCAGCAUGGCGCCCAUCAGUAGCUCUGCUCCAUCACGCUCAGGGAUGCUGUACCGGCCUGCAGGAGACCCUAGAGACCCCGCUCGCACUAGAAAUGCCUCCGAAUGUUCACGAGAUGACGACUCGGUCCUGAGAGACGGCAGUGUGGAUUCAGAUGCUUCUGAAGAUCUGCCCAAGGCUCACUCCACUCCAGCUACGCCGGCCGCUGGCGCAAAUUCUGCCAGAGAUCACGCUAAGGAAGGGCCUGACAGUGGAGUGAAGAUGACCAGCUUUGCAGAACGCAAAAAAAAGCAGAUUACUGAAUCUCCUAAAGCAAGUGACUCGCCGUCUCCUAAGAUCACUACAUGGGCACAGAAGUCUGAAGAGAGCUCCCAACCCCAGAGUCCUCAGCUGGGCAAUGAGAUGACUGAGCUGGGCGUCCGUCUUGAAGAAAAAAGGAAAGCUAUCGAGGCCCAGAAGAAAAGAAUUGAGGCCAUUUUUGCAAAGCAUCGGCAAAGACUGGGAAAGAGUGCCUUUCUGCAGCUAAAAAAGGAGCAGCGCGAGGAUGACGAUGAGGUGAAAGGAGCAAAUGGUCAAAUCAGUACCUCAUCCACAGAGGAAGAGCUGUCCCGCUUGACACUGGAAGAAAGACUCGCUCGAAUUGAAGCAGAGGAACAGCAAGAACUAGAGGAACAGCGCCCCUCAGUGGCAGACAACACUAAUGUUAAAAAAGCCAAUCAGGCCAGUAAAUCUCAAGAAAAGGCUGGCACACCGGGAGAAAUGGGGCCUGGAACACCGGGUGAGAAAAUGGUAGCUCCUCUCGGAGACUAUAACAACGCCGUGUCCAAGCUGACUGCAGCUCUCAGCUCUCUGCAGAGUGACAUGCAGCGACUUACCGAGCAGCAGAAUCAGCUCAUCCAGAAGAAAGCUGCACCUUCCUCUAACAAGUCCUGGGUUAUUCCAGCCAGCCCUAAAACCUCCAGCCAGACUGUUCCUCCUGCACGACUGUCACGAGAAUCCACCAGGGAUUUAAAUUCAGCCUCCUCUUCUCCUUCUCCAUCUCGGAGACUCACAAAUCACGUCACUCCUCCAAAAUCGCCUCGCGUUCAGCGACGAGCCCAGUCUGUACCUCCUAAGAGCCCAAAACAAAGUCGUCCCAUGGACGUCAAAGUUCCGACCCUGUCGAGGGUUCUCAAUCCACCUCAGAAUGUGGACCGCAUUCCUCACCUUCGCCGAGUGAAUCCCUGGCAAUCGCAAGUCCAGACUUCGUCCUCGUUCUCUAUAGGUGACGCUGAAAGCCUGGAUGACUUGCGCUCGUCUGGACCGAGCCCUGUCCACACGCCUACACUGACUCCUUUACCCACCCCGAACCUAACUCCCACCCCGACUCCCCACCAUGCUGCGGACGACGCCCUGUCGGAAGUGGGCUCCACCGACGGACAGAGUAUUUUCAGCAUGGACCUCGAAGCCGCUUCCUCACACAGCACUUUGGUUCGGAAGGAUGGGCUCACGGGGGCUGGCUGCAGCUCUGGUGCCCCGUCGGAGUGCUCUUUCGAGAGUGACGCUCCUUCCGGGAUGCCUAACGGCAAACGUGGCAGCCUGAUCGAGAUCUCACUCUCCGCCCUGCGAGGAGACGGCGAGGACGACGACCAAGUGCCAGACCCUUUCUCUGACUCCGUGAGCGAUCGGCUGGAUCCAGAGUCAAAAGCAGGAGUUGGUUUCUUUUUCAAGGAUGACAAGGACCGACCAGAAGAUGAGAUGGCUCAGCGAAGAGCAGCUUUGCUGGAGAAACAACAGAAGAGAGCUGAAGAGAUGAAAAGGCGCAAACUGGAGCAGGAAAAGGAGAAAGAAUCAAACAAGCCCCAGUGGAUGAUCAUUGAAGGUUGGGGGAAUAAAAGCGAGGACAGACCCCAGACCCCAGUCACCCCUCCAGCAUCACACACCCCACCGUCAGAGGGCACCCCUCAGCGCAGAGGGGACUUUACUCGACAGGAGUAUGAGAGAAGGCAUCAGCUUAAAAUCAUGGAAGACCUGGACAAGGUGCUGAGGCAGAAACCAACCACAGUCCGAGGAGUGAAAAAGCAGAGACCCAAGACAGUCUUCAGAGACGACUCCGUGCUCAGCCCCGCCAAAGGCUUCAUGGGCACGAAGUUGAACAAGGUGUACUCUCACUCGAGCAUGAAUCUGUCCUCCAUGGCUCAUGACUCUGGAAAUCUGACUAUCAGGAAGUCUCCCAGCCGAUCACACUCUCCCUCGAGAUCUCGGCUGAUGUCCCCAGGACGGAUGAGUGCCCAGAAUGGAGAGAAGGACUGGGAGAAUGGCUCCACCAUUUCGUCUCCUGCCUCGAUCCCAGAAUACACGGGACCAAAGCUGUACAAGGAGCCGAGCUUUAAGUCCAACAAGUUCAUCAUUCAUAAUGCUAUCACUCGCUGCUGCCUGGCCGGCAAGGUCAAUGAACCACAGAAAAACAAGAUUGUAGAGGAAAUGGAGAAAAGCUCGGCCAAUCAUUUUCUCAUCCUUUUUCGGGAUGCCAGCUGCCAGUUCAGAGCAGUUUAUACCAUGAACCCUGAAACUGAGGAGAUGGUGCGGCUCACUGGCAUCGGGCCGCGCUUCAUCGCACCCGAAAUGGUGGAGUCCAUUUACAAGUACAGCUCUGACCGCAAGCAGUUUACCGUCAUCCCGUCCAAAACCAUGUCCAUGAGCGUCGAUGCCUUCACCAUCCCCGGCCACUUUUGGCAAAAGCGCCCUGGAACUCCCAAAAAGCUGGGAACCCCCAAAUAAGGACUUCUCUUAGUUUGGUAGGGAUGUUACUAUUCAGGGAUUUUGCUCCCAAUUUGACUUUCAUUUUUUCCAACUUUGGCCAGUGUGACACUCGAGAUUGUUUAUUAUCUGAUUGGGCUAGCAGCAAACAGCAACACUGAUUUUAGUUUUUGGCCAGCUGUAAAACCUGGAUCAAUCGAAUCAACUCCACAUGCCAUCAGGGCAGGCCAAUCACUCAAUCAGCUAAUGUAUUUACAGUUUUUCAUCUCCUGAGAACUUCUGACCGGCUCUACCUGGAUUGUACAAUGCAAUGUGACUGAUUUUUGUCAGGAUGAAGUUUCUUCCUCCCCUUGCCUCAUCAUGCCUUGCCUUACCCUGCCAUGCCCGAGUUCCUUUUUUUUUUGUGACUUUUAGGUUAAAAAAAAAAAAAAAAAAGAGAGGACAACCACACUGCCUUUGCCCACAUGACAGUAUUUUUGGGCACAAGUAGUUUCUCGCCCCUCUCAGUUCUGCUUGCUUUUCCUUUUGCUGCCUUUUCUUCUUCCAGGGCUCACUUUCUCUCCGCCGCGAGACAAGUGACUCGACUCUCUCGGUUCUGAUGGUAGUUCUCAGCUGAAAAAUAAUCGCAGGUAACACUGCUCUCUUAAUGAAUGUAGGGCACACACUAAACACUCAUUCCAUUCGGUGGCGUUUUCACAGUUUGAUCAGGGGAGAGGGGAAAAUGCCACAGCGGUGGUCCCUCUGUGGGGUGCGCCGGCGGUUGUCGGUGGACUUGCACGCCUAGAAACUGCCUGCGCCCCACAGUUUGUGCACUCCAUCAAUCUCUCAGCUGUAGACACUUGGAUGUUUUUUUUAUACUAUUUUGACAUAUUUUUUGCUGGAUAACUUGAUUCGACCUUCGAGAGCUGAAUGGAUUGAAAAUCAUGUUUCGUUUUGUUGUUUUUUUCAACAUUGGACGAUUUGAAAUGUUACCUGAGCUUAUCUUAAAAAAAAAAAAAAAAGAAAUCUGGAAACAUGAAGGAGGGCUUUAUCAUGUUUGAUUAUGUUGAAAACAGCUUUGUGUGAGAAUGAUAAUCAAUGGUGAUUUAAUAUAUACUGAAUGCUGAACUUCUCUGAUUUUUUUUUUUCACAAUAAUUUGUAAAAAGUUGACCUUUGUAAGCUACGAAUAAGCUAGCCUGCUGCUUAAACGUUAAUGAGAUGUAUGUUUGAGAUGAGACGGAGCGAAUGAGAAUAAAAUAGAAAUUGUCAAUCAGCUGGAAUUGCUCAGUUUGUCUAGGGAUUAAUAAACCUUUUAGGUCGCUAGGUGUCCGUUUCCUAUGAUGUUAUUCCCUGUUUGUGUGUCUUGGCAUAUAAACAGUAGGUGUCUUGAUGAAGGAUCAUUCUGGACUGUAACAGCCCUCAUCUGCCCCACAGUCUCUAGAGACGCCUUCAUGUACAACUGGGGGGAAUGUAAAAUGCCAAAACUACUACUUUUUGCCAGUGUCCAUGCUCUUAAAAAAAAAAACAAAAAAAAAACUAAGCCUGCGGUUGAAACCACUACAGCGUCUGUUAAGAAUGAGCCCUCCUCUUCCUUUAAAGUCCUUAGCACUACAACAGCUGCCGAUUUGCAGCUGUCUUUCUUUCAAAUCACUAAUUGCCUCCAAAAAAAAUGUGUUUGAAUGAGAUUCCAGUACAGAUGUGAAUAAA